ACACUGCUGCGCUGCGUGAGCUUACCCGGAAGUGUAUGUCAGCAAACGUGUAAUGUUUAUAAUUUUCUAACGUGGUUUGUCGAUGAGUCAUAGAAACUAGCUAACUAACGUUAUGGACUGGGGAUUGGCGCUCGAGGAGGACAUGGCGCGCGAAACCUCCGCCACGGGAAACCCUGAGCAGCAAUACAACCCCUGGUCCAACCAGUCCAACCCAUGGUCAGAUCCAGGCUGCACCUCGGGAUCUAUAGGGGAGCUGGAAAAGCUGGCCUCAGGGGAUGGACAUCAUGGCACUCACUCGAAGAAGCAAGGCGUCCAGACGGAUGCGUGGACAGCAGACAAAGAUGUUAACACAGAUCAGGAUUGGGAGUCACUGAUGCGGUCAGUGGAUGAGUACAGCACUCACCUGGCCCUGCAAUAUGAGGAACUGAUGAAGCAGCAGCAGGAGGAGGAGGCUGAUCAUGGCAACCUCGUAGACAGCCUGGUUCAGAAAAAAGAUGAGGGGAUCCACCAGCAGCAGAUGCUGAUGGACAAAAUCGAGUCUCUGCGUGUGAAGCUUCAGCUGAACUGCUGCAAGACCACCCGCAAGAACUUUGCAGUCAAGAAGCAAGACCUCAGCGCGGAGAAAAUCAAAAUGGAGGAGGAGAGGAACAGACUGUCUCAGGAGCUGAAGGAGACCACCAGGAAGCUGGCUUUGCUAGAGGAGCAGAACCUGGAAAAGCUUAUGUGGGAGCGGGAGCUCGCAGACUUGAACACUGAGAUGGAGCGGCUACAGAAAGAGUCAGAGGAGGCCACCCAGACAGCUCUACGGGAUGAGAUUGCAGCUCUGGAAAUGCAGAGAGAUGUGACCAUGUCUGAGGUGGACGACUGGCUGAAAGAGGCUGACCAAUACAUCAACACACUUAGAUUUGACCCCUCUCAGCAGCACAUGCAACAAAGACUGGAGUGGGAGAACAAUGUGGCUGUUGUUCACAGCAGUUUGGUGGGACUGCAGAAUCAGUUCAAGGAGCACCUUCACCUGCUGCAAAAGGGCCAACCGAUGGAAAGCCUCCCUGGAGUCACAUUACCACACUUACCCCAAGUACCCACGGUGGACUUGGUGAUGAGUACGAUGAUGUACGCUCCACCCCUCCCCCCUUUUCAAAAUUUCCAGAUGGGCCCUCCUAACGCCGUGGGGAUGCCCUUCCAACCCCAGCAGCAGCACCCAGCUGCCUUCAUAGCCCCAGCCAGAUUAACUCCCCCACCUGUCCCCUCCUCUACUCACCCUACCUCCGCUCUACCGCUCCACCCAGCCACCCCACCUGUUUCCCUGCCCACCACAGUGGCCUCCGCCCAGCCCCUGCCUUUCAGUAACCCUCCUGCUGCUGGCAAACUGGACAACCUGCUGAAGAGACUGGGGGACACAUUUCCACAGUGCAACAGAACUCAACUCAUGUCAGUGCUGCAGCAGAUUAAGAAUUCCCGUGGCACCAUGGCUGGCAUGUCUAUGGACGAGGUCACACAGCAGGUGGCACAGAGACUGGCACAGAGUGAGAAACCGGCUCCAGGGCCCAUAAGGCCUCUUUCUGCUGCCAGGGGCAUUCCUGGUCUUCCAGGCCCAAUCCAUCGUCCUCCAGGCCCAAUCCAGAGGCCUCCUGGCCCCAUCCAGAGACCCACAAAUCCCCCUCAGAGACCUGCAGUAACUCAAGUCUUCCAGACAAGGCCCCCACAGCCUGUGGCUCCCAGUAAUCGUAAGCUGUGCUUGAUGUGCCAGAACCACGUGGAAGUAGACAGCCAGCACCCCAUGAGCUGCGCCCACACUGUUCAUAAGGAUUGCAUCAGUGUAUGGCUACAGUCCAGCAAGAACAACACCUGCCCCUUCUGCCCAGCCAAGUGAAAGGAGUAGCAAAAAAGACCGAAGGAGAAGACAUGAAGGGAAAGAGGAGCUGAACACUGAUAGUGUUCUGUUCAGCGUCACAGAAUGGAAGAAAGAGAUGGUGGAAUAUGAUUCUCAUCAACUAUAUACACAGAGCAGACAUGGUGACGUAUUACUAUUCCCCUACAGUGCAUUCAGAAAGUAUUCAGAUCCCUUGACUUUUUCAACAUUUUGUUACGUUAAAAUCUAAAAUAGAUUAAAUUAAACAAGUUUCCUCAUCAAUUGACACACACCAUAAUGACAAAGUGAAAACAGGUUAUUUAAGUAUUCAGACCCUUUGCUAUGAGACUCGAAAUUGAGCUCAGGUGCAUCCUGUUUCCAUUGAUCAUCCUUAAAAUGUUUCUACAACGUGAUUGAAGUCCACCUGUGGUAAAUUCAAUUGAUAGGAAAUGAUUUGGAAAGGCACACAACUGCCUACACAAGGUCCCACAGUUGUCAGUGCAAAAACCAAACCAGGAGGUUGAAGGAAUUGUCCGUAGAGCUCUGAGACAGGAUUGUGUUGAGGCACAGACCAGGGGAAGGGUACCAAAAAAUUCCUAGAGCUGGCCGCCCGGGCAAGAGCACCCGAUGGUCACUGUGAAAGAGCUCCAGAUUUGAGAAAACCUUCCAGAAGGACAACCAUCUCUGCAGCACUCUAACAAUCAGGCCUUUAUGGUAGAGUGGCCAGACGGAAGCCACUCCUCAGUAAAAGGCACAUGACACCCCACUUGGAGUUUGACAAAAGGCACCUAAAGGACUCUCAGACCAUGAGAAACAAGAUUCUCUGGUCUAAUGAAACCAAGACUGAACUCUUUGGCCUGAAUGCCAAGCGUCAUAUCUGGAGGAAACCUGGCAACAUCCCUACGGGGAAGCAUGGCAGAGACUAGUCAGGAUCGAGGGAAAGAUGAACGGUGCAAAGGAGAGAGAUCCUUGAUGAAAACCUGCUCCUGAGCGCUCAGGACCUCAGACUGGGGCAAAGGUUCACCUUCCAACAGGACAACGACCCUAAGCACACAGCCAAGACAACGCAGGAGUGACUACGGGACAAGUCUCUGAAUGUCCUUGAGGGGCCCAGCCAGAGGCCAGACUUGAACCCAAUUGAACAUCUCUGGAGAUACCUGAAAAUAGCUGUGCAGUGACACUCUCCAUCCAACCUGACAGAGCUUGAAAGAAGAAAUGGGAGAAACUCUCAAAACACAGGUGUGCCAAGCUUGUAGCUUUAUACCAAGAAGACUUGAGGCUGUAAUCGCUGCCAAAGGUGCUUCAACAAAGUACUGAGUAAAGGGUCUGAAUACAUAUGUAGAUGUGAUAUAUCAGUUUAUUUUAAUAUUUUUGUGCAAAAAUAAUCCAUUUGCUUAUGCUUUGUCAUUGUGGGGUAGUGUGUAGAUUGAUGAGGAGAAAACAAUAAUUUUAUCAAUUUUAGAAUAAGGUUGUAACGUAACAAAAUGUUGAAGAAGUCAAGGGGUCUGACCUUUCCGAAUGCACUGUAUGUGACACAAUAAACAGAAGUCUUUCAUAUUAUGCAUCCCUAUAUUGAUACAGCUGACUAAAUACUUUAAUACCUUUUUAAAGGCUGACCAAAAGCACAUCAGUUGUUAACUGCAAUGAUAAUCUGGCACCAUAACUUAUUUUUAGUUUUCACAUUACUGUUGUGUGUUAACCCAUAGGGAUAUCAUGUUUGUUAUGUAUGCCUUUUUAUUUAUUGUAAAAUAUACUUCUUAUACCCUUUGACAUAAUUAUAACAACUUUGACAUGUUAUUUUGUAAGUAUGUUAUUUCUCAUUUCCAUGCAUUUGGUAUGUUCAUUUCUAAUUUUCAUGAUUCUAUGUUGAACAUUUUAUAAUUUGUAUGGCAAAAAAAAUACACUAGUGUUAUGUUAAGUGCCUUAUUAAAAGUCACACUGAAGUAUGACUCAUUGAACUUAACUGCCCAAUUUGAAUGAGCAGAAUGUUGAAAUACUUAGUUGAAGUUGGAAGUUUACAUACACCUUAGCCAAAUACAUUUAAACACAGUUUUUCACAAUUCCUGACAUUUAAUCCUAGUAAAAAUUCCCUGUCUUAGGUCAGUUAGGAUCACCACUUUAUUUUAAGAAUGUGAAAUGUCAGAAUAAUAGUAGAGUGAUUUAUUUCAGCUUUUUUUUCUUUCAUCACAUUCCCAGUGGGUCAGAAGUUUACACUCAAUUAGUAUUUGGUAGCAUUGCCUUUAAAUUGUUGAACUUGGGUCAAACGUUUCGGGUAGCCUUCCACAAGCUUCCCACAAUGAGUUAGGUGAAUUUUGGCCCAUUUCUCCUGACAGAGCUGGUGUAACUGAGUCAGGUCUGUAGGCCUCCUUGCUUGCACACACUUUUUCAGUUCUGCCCACACAUUUUCUUUAGAACUUAGGUCAGGGCUUUGUGAUGGCCACUCCAAUACCUUGACUUUGUUGUCCUUAAGCUGUUUUGCCACAACUUUGGAAGUAGGCUUGGGGUCAUUGUUCAUUUGGAAGACCCAUUUGCCACCAAGCUUCAACUUCCUGACUGAUGUCUUGAGAUGUUGCUUUAAUAUAUCCACAUAAUUUUCCUCCCUCAUGAUGCCAUUUAUUUUGUGAUGUGCACCAGUCCCUCCUGCAGCAAAGCACCCCCACAACAUGAUGCUGCCACCCCCGUGCUUCACGGUUGGGAUUGUGUCCUUCGUCUGCAAGCAUCCCGCUUUUUCCUCCAAACAUAACAAUGGUCAUUAUGGCCAAACAGUUGUAUUUUUGUUUCAUCAGACCAGAGGACAUUUCUCCAAAAAGUAUGAUCCAUGUCCCCAUGUGCAGUUAGUUGCAAACCGUAGUCUGGCUUUUUUUAUGGCGGUUUUGGAGCAGUGGCUUCUUCUUUGCUGAGCGGCCUUUCAGGUUAUGUCGAUAUAGGACUCGUUUUUACUGUGGAUAUAAAUACCUUUGUAGCAUCUUCACAAGGUCCUUUGCUGUUGUUCUGGGAUUGAUUUGCACUUUUCGCACCAAAGUACGUUCGUCUCUAGGAGACAGAACGCAUCUCCUUCCUGAGCAGUAUGACGGCUGCGUGGUCCCAUGGUGUUUAUGCUUGCAUACUAUUGUUUGUACAGAUGAACAUGGUACCUUCAGGCGUUUGGAAAUUGCUCACAAGGAUGAACCAGACUUGUGGAGGUCUACAAAUUGUUUUCUGAGUUAUUGGCUGAUGUCAAUUAGUCUACCAGAAGCUUCUAAAGCCAUGACAUCAUUUUCUGGAAUUUCCCAAGCUGUUUAAAGGCACAGUCAAUUUAGUGUAUGUAAACUUCUGACCCACUGGAAUUGUGAUACAGUGAAUUAUAAGUCAAAUCUGUCUGUAAACAAUUGUUGGAAAAAUUACUUGUGUCAUGCACAAAGUAGAUGUCCUAACUGACUUGCCAAAACUAUAGUUUGUUAACAAGAAAUUUGUGGAGUGGUUGAAAAACAAGUUUUAAUGACUCCAACCUAAGUGUAUGUAAACUUCUGACUUAAACUGUAUAGAGAAGUGAGAUGGCAUUAACUAUUUGGACUGUUGUAUUAACCUGACAAUAAACAUGUUUAAUUACCA